UUCUAUCUAACUUUAAAUUUCAUCUAAAAAAAUAAUUUUUCUACAUUAAUUCUUUUGAACUAUCUCGCCCAUCCUGUACAGGGUGGGCCAAUAUAAUUGUAAAAUAUCCAGUACCGGUUCAGAGUUCAAUUUUUUUUAUGUGUGUUUAUUGGCACUUUUCUAUGGACUCAAUUGUCAACAAUAGGCGAGUAACCCCAGAAAAAUUAAAUAAAUUAACAAAAAUUAGAAAGUAAAAGAAGAAGAAAGUAGAAGUGUUCUACACUUUUUUGUGUUCUGUUAAUUGUGCUUUAUGUGUUUGUUGUUAUAGGUUAUGUGAAUUAAAAAAGGAGCAGGAAUGGAGGCUUAUGUAGAUUAUCUCAUGUCUGGUCUUAAAGAAGAUAUUCUUCAAAUCCUGAGAGACGAGGAAACAGAAAAAUAUUUUUCUAUUAACAUGAACUUUAUUGAGUUAUUUGAAGCAAAACCAAACCUUGGCAAUACUCUGUUAAGUGAUCCUGAGGAUUCUUUUAAAAGAUGGAGUGAAGCAGUAUUUGUUGUCCAGCAUAAGCUAAUAAAUGAAAGAAAUGAAAGUGAACAUGAACAUAAUUAUAAAUUCAAAGUCAAAGUAACAUGCAGAAUACAUAGUUUACCUCCAUGGCCUCAUGUUAAUCGAGUGCGGUUUCCAAGGAGCGAUGAUGUUGACCAGUUUCUGCAAAUUUCAGGUACGGUCGUUAAGAUAUGGUCUAGAAAGCUAUUAGAGUAUCAAAGGUCAUAUAUUUGCACCAAAUGUAAAUAUGUGGUGAUAGUGGAAGCCCUGCUAGAGAAACGAAAUAUGAUUAAGCAACCAAAAAAGUGCACUAAUCCCGAAGGGUGUUCGGGAAAAAGUUUAGUCAAUUUUGGCGAAUUAGAUUCCACAAAUUGCAAGGACUAUCAAGAAAUUAAGAUUCAAGAAGAUCUUUCCAAAGUUAGCCUUCGAAAUAUGCCUAAUACUAUAAUUGUUACUUUAGACAACGACUUGGUUAAUAUUUGCAAACCAGGAGAGAAUGUAACAAUAACUGGGAUAGUGAAAAGGAGGUGGGGCGAAUUUUCCAAAGGAUCAAAAAUCGAAGUUGACAUCAUUUUCAAAGCAAAUCAUGUACAGGUCAACAACCAAAAUGAUACAUCAUUAUGUGUUUCUGAGGAACUGAAAAUAUUUUUUAGAAAUUUUUGGGAGACUUAUAAGAGUGAACCGCUACUAGGAAGAAACAUUAUUUUAAAUUCCAUUUCACCACAGCUCUAUGGACUACAUACUGUCAAACUGGCACUGGCCGUAGUACUAGCCGGAGGCUCCCAAACUGAAAGGUACACAACUACCGGUGUUACUACCAGGAGCGAAUCGCACUUACUUUUGGUCGGAGAUCCAGGCACUGGAAAAUCACAAUUGCUCAGAUUUGCUUCAAAAAUAAUACCCAGAUCGAUAUUAACGACCGGAGUUGGGUCGACUGCAGCUGGUUUAACGGUUGCAGCCCUCAUGGAAAAUGGUGAAUGGAUCUUGGAAGCUGGAGCACUCGUUAUGUCGGACGGUGGUAUUUGUUGUAUAGAUGAGUUUAAUUCUAUGAAAGAGCACGAUAGAACCAGUAUUCACGAAGCCAUGGAGCAGCAGACCAUCAGCGUGGCAAAGGCCGGGAUUGUAUGCAAGCUGAACACGAGAUGUUCGGUUUUAGCGGCUUGCAAUCCGAAAGGCAACGUGGACUUAUCUCAGCCUUUAUGCGUAAACAUCGCAAUGUCCAGUCCGUUAUUAAGCAGAUUUGACCUUAUUUUAUUAUUAAAGGAUUCCGUUAGGGAAGAAAGUGAUUUGAAAUUGGCUGACUUUACGCUUAAUGGUUUGACAAAGAAUGUGGACUAUAAAAUUUGGAACGUGGAAAAACUACGGGCUUACUACGUGCUGAUAAAAAAGCUUAAUCCUCAGUUAAGUAAAGAUGCGGAAACUAUUUUGGGCGCAUAUUACCAACUUCAAAGGAGAAUGACUUGUAGAAACAAAUCCAGAAGCACUGUUAGACUCUUGGAAAGUCUCGUAAGGGAAUGCUUUUCAGGAAACGGGCGAUCCUAUAAAUUAAAAAUAUUUUUUUUUAAGUAACCCGGCAAAGAGAAAGUGCUAGAAAUUAUUUUCGGGUUUCGAUUAAAACCCGGUUUCUACAAAAAAAAUUAAUACCAUGGUUAAAGCGUAAACUUUUUUAAAAUUUAAAUUAUUUUUGUUUAGUGGUAUUUGCUCUAUCCCUUUUCCCUUUUAGUAUCAGUCCAUCCAGUCAUUUUUUUUAUUUUAUGUAGUAGUGCUUGUAAAUCUUGAAGAGUACUUGCUAACAAUACAGUGUUGUCCGACUCCCCUUUCUCUCUUUAAAAUUUGAUUGGUAUGUAAAUUAGCAAUAAUUCUAAUAUCUUUGCUGUCUAAGUGUGAUAAGGUGGUCAUGUUUUAUCCUGUGAGAAGAGACAAUAAUGCUUCGCUUGUGCAAAAACAGCGAAAACCAAACAGUUAUGGAUAAUUUUUAGGAACUAUUUGAGAGUAUGGCUCAUAAGACUUAUUAUUAUCAUCUGGUAAGAUUUGUAUAUCAUAUUAAACAGGAUUUUAACUGGUAAUUCAUCAGUGCCUAAAGAUUUCCCACAUUUCAAUGUUUUUAGAGGAUGUAUUCGACGUUUUCCAAGUCUUGAGCUUUACCUUGCAUACUAAUUGAAACGUCAUGUUUAACCUGUAGUAAUACUAUUUCCUUGCAUUUAUUUUUAUGCCAUUCCUCUUUACCUUAUCUAUUUGCUUAGGAAUAAAUUUUUUGAAUAUCCUUGUAUGAUUUUUUGUCAUUCUUAAGUCCUCGUCGGGUUUCCAUCAGUUGACGAAUCUCAGGAAUCAUUGAUUCUUAUUUUUGGGAUCGGCUUUUCGUUGCCAAAGUUGUCUUACUUGCAUCAGUUAAAACAGAUUUAAAAGCUUCCGCCAUUUGUUGUUUGUAUCAAAAUCUCUGUUACUUGGAGGAACUAUCUCUCUUUGGCUGAUGAUGACUUUCAAAUUCUCAUUGAUUUUGUUUUUAAGUUCCUGUCGUGGUUUGUUAUCGUUUAGGAAGAUCAUGUUUAAAGAUGGUUUCAUGAUCACAGGUGUUUGUUUUUUCAUUUUAAUAUUUAGACUGGCAACUACUGGAUUAUGGUCAGAUGAAAUAUCCCUAAUCUCCAACAUAUUUUUCUGCUCUGCCCUUUACGAUUUGGGCAUUGAAAUUUUAAGUCGGCACAUAGAUUUAAAUGAUGUUAACUUGUGGUAGGUUUGAAGUUUUAUUCAAUUAAAAAUUAAAAUGUAUUUAAUAAUUAUUAUGCGGGUGGAUACCAUUUAUCUACAAAGCACUCAGUUUAAGCAUGGUUAAUAUUAACAGUUACGCUCCGUGGUGGCUAUUUAUUUUUUUUUUAAAUUCCUAGGACUCUAGGUUUCUCUAAUACCAUACCUAUAUACAUACUACAUACACUCAGUAUAAAUUU